GUGAAGUUCACAUCCGAUGAGCUUCGUAGGAUUAUGGACUACAAACACAACAUCCGUAAUAUGUCUGUUAUUGCUCACGUCGACCAUGGGAAAUCCACCCUCACUGAUUCCCUGGUUGCUGCUGCUGGUAUCAUUGCCCAAGAAGUUGCUGGUGAUGUUCGUAUGACUGAUACUCGUGCUGAUGAGGCAGAGCGUGGUAUCACCAUUAAGUCCACCGGUAUUUCUCUCUACUACGAGAUGACUGAUGCUUCGUUGAAGAGCUUCACUGGGGCAAGAGAUGGAAACGAGUACCUUAUCAAUCUCAUCGACUCCCCUGGGCACGUUGACUUUUCAUCUGAGGUCACUGCUGCUCUCCGUAUUACCGAUGGUGCUCUUGUGGUGGUCGACUGUAUCGAGGGUGUCUGUGUGCAGACUGAGACCGUGCUCCGUCAGGCUCUUGGUGAAAGGAUUAGGCCUGUCCUGACUGUUAACAAGAUGGACAGGUGUUUCCUCGAGCUUCAGGUCGAUGGUGAGGAGGCUUACCAGACUUUCCAGAGAGUCAUCGAGAAUGCUAAUGUUAUCAUGGCAACCUAUGAGGAUCCUCUCCUUGGUGAUGUUCAGGUCUACCCAGAGAAGGGAACCGUUGCCUUCUCCGCUGGUCUUCACGGAUGGGCUUUCACUCUGACGAACUUCGCUAAGAUGUACGCUUCCAAGUUUGGUGUUGACGAGACCAAGAUGAUGGAGAGGCUGUGGGGUGAGAACUUCUUCGACCCUGCCACCAGGAAAUGGAGCAGCAAAAACACUGGUUCCGCGACCUGCAAGCGUGGGUUUGUCCAGUUCUGUUACGAACCCAUCAAGCAAAUCAUUGCCACUUGCAUGAAUGACCAGAAGGACAAGUUGUGGCCUAUGUUGGCGAAGCUUGGUGUCUCGAUGAAGUCUGACGAGAAGGAGCUUAUGGGUAAGCCUCUGAUGAAGCGUGUCAUGCAGACAUGGCUCCCCGCAAGUACUGCACUACUUGAAAUGAUGAUCUUUCACCUUCCGUCUCCUCACACUGCCCAGAGGUACCGUGUUGAGAACUUGUAUGAAGGUCCCCUCGAUGAUCAGUAUGCCACAGCCAUCAGGAACUGUGAUCCCAACGGUCCUCUCAUGCUCUACGUUUCUAAGAUGAUUCCCGCCUCAGACAAGGGUAGAUUCUUUGCUUUUGGCCGUGUCUUUUCCGGCAAGGUUUCCACUGGAAUGAAGGUCAGGAUCAUGGGUCCCAACUUUGUGCCCGGCGAGAAGAAAGAUCUGUACACCAAGAGUGUUCAGAGAACCGUCAUUUGGAUGGGUAAGAGGCAAGAGACUGUUGAGGAUGUUCCCUGUGGUAACACCGUCGCUAUGGUUGGGCUUGAUCAGUACAUCACCAAGAACGCGACCCUGACCAACGAGAAAGAAGUCGAUGCUCACCCUAUUCGGGCAAUGAAGUUUUCAGUUUCCCCUGUUGUCCGUGUUGCUGUUCAGUGCAAGGUCGCAUCUGACCUUCCCAAGCUCGUUGAGGGACUCAAGAGGCUCGCCAAGUCGGACCCUAUGGUUGUGUGCACAAUGGAAGAGUCGGGUGAGCACAUCGUUGCUGGUGCUGGAGAACUCCAUCUUGAGAUUUGUCUGAAGGAUCUUCAGGAUGAUUUCAUGGGUGGUGCUGAGAUCAUCAAGUCAGACCCUGUUGUCUCAUUCCGUGAGACUGUCCUGGAGAGGUCUGUCCGCACAGUGAUGAGCAAAUCCCCCAACAAGCAUAACCGUCUCUACAUGGAGGCGAGGCCCUUGGAGGAAGGUCUAGCGGAGGCAAUUGAUGAUGGCCGUAUCGGUCCAAGAGAUGACCCCAAGAUCCGAUCCAAGAUUUUGGCCGAGGAGUUCGGAUGGGACAAGGAUCUGGCGAAGAAGAUCUGGGCGUUUGGACCUGAAACCACGGGACCUAACAUGGUCGUCGACAUGUGUAAGGGAGUCCAGUACCUGAAUGAGAUAAAGGAUUCAGUUGUUGCUGGGUUCCAGUGGGCGUCCAAGGAAGGUCCUCUUUGUGAUGAGAACAUGAGAGGAAUCUGCUUUGAGGUAUGCGAUGUGGUGCUCCAUUCUGAUGCUAUUCACAGAGGAGGUGGUCAGGUUAUCCCAACGGCGAGGAGGGUUAUCUACGCCUCCCAGCUCACAGCCAAGCCCAGACUGUUGGAGCCCGUGUACAUGGUGGAGAUCCAAGCACCAGAAGGAGCCCUUGGAGGAAUCUACAGCGUGCUGAAUCAGAAGCGUGGACACGUUUUCGAGGAGAUGCAGAGGCCAGGAACACCGCUGUACAACAUCAAGGCGUACUUGCCGGUGGUGGAGUCGUUUGGAUUCUCGAGUCAGCUAAGGGCAGCAACCUCAGGACAGGCGUUCCCACAGUGCGUGUUUGAUCAUUGGGAGAUGAUGUCGUCUGACCCUCUGGAGGCGGGAUCGCAGGCUUCAACGCUGGUGGCUGAAAUCAGGAAGAGGAAGGGUAUGAAGGAACAGAUGACUCCCUUGUCUGAUUUCGAAGACAAGCUCUAA